AUGCACCGUCCAAGUAUAGCUCAUCGUGCUAGUAUAUCUCUUAUUGUAAUUGAUUAUCCAUGGACAAAAACAAAAGAAGAUGUUUUAGCAUUCUAUAAUGCUGAAGAAUCAAAAGGAUUAUCAGAGGAAAGAGUUAAAAGAGAUUUAGAACGAUAUGGAUUUAAUGAAUUACCAGCCGAAGAGGGAAAACCAUUAUGGAAAUUAAUUUUAGAACAAUUCGAUGAUCUUCUAGUCAAAAUUUUACUUGCAGCUGCGUGUAUAUCUUUUGUAUUAGCUUUAUUUGAAGACCAUAAAGAAGAAGAUAGUUUAGUAGCUGCAUUUGUUGAACCACUUGUUAUUCUUCUUAUUUUGAUAGCAAAUGCAACUGUUGGUGUAUGGCAGGAACGUAAUGCUGAAAGUGCCAUCGAAGCAUUAAAGGAAUAUGAACCAGAAGUGGCCAAAGUUGUAAGACAAAAUCGACCUGGACAAAUUCAACGUAUUAAAGCGAGAGAAUUAGUACCAGGUGAUAUUGUCGAAGUAGCUGUUGGUGAUAAAGUUCCGGCUGAUAUUCGAAUAGUAACGAUUUUUUCAACAACUCUGAGGGUUGAUCAAUCUUUACUUACGGGUGAAUCAGUAUCGGUUAUUAAACACACCGAUCCUGUACCGGAUCCAAGAGCAGUCAAUCAAGAUAAAAAAAAUAUUUUAUUCUCGGGUACAAAUAUUGCUAGUGGUAAAUGUCGUGGAGUUGUUAUUGGUACUGCUUUAAAUACGGAAAUCGGCAAAAUUCGUUCGGAAAUGGCGGACACAGAAGAGGAAAAAACGCCAUUACAACAAAAAUUAGAUGAAUUUGGGGAACAGUUAUCAAAAGUGAUCUCAAUAAUUUGUGUGGCUGUAUGGGCAAUUAAUAUUGGUCAUUUUAAUGAUCCUGUUCAUGGUGGUUCAUGGUUCAGAGGAGCAAUUUAUUAUUUUAAAAUAGCUGUGGCUUUGGCUGUUGCAGCUAUACCCGAAGGAUUACCAGCUGUUAUAACAACAUGCUUAGCUUUAGGUACACGACGUAUGGCCAAAAAGAAUGCAAUUGUGCGUUCAUUACCAUCUGUUGAAACGUUGGGUUGCACAUCGGUUAUAUGCUCGGAUAAAACUGGAACAUUGACAACUAACCAAAUGUCUGUUUGCAAAAUGUUUGUGUUUACUAAAGCAGAGGCUAAUGAUAUUCAAAUAGAUCAGUUUGAAAUAACCGGAUCCACCUAUGAACCAAAAGGAGAUGUUCAAUUUAAUGGACAGAAAUUUAACUGUGGCGAUCGUAGUGGACUCGUUGAACUAGCGGAAUGUGCAGCAUUAUGUAAUGAUUCAGCGUUAGAUUUCAAUGAGACUAAAAAAAUUUUUGAAAAAGUUGGUGAAGCAACUGAAACGGCGUUAACUGUAUUAGUCGAGAAAAUGAACGUUUUCAACACGGAUAAAUCUCGUUUAUCUCAACAAGAAUUAGCCAUGGCUUCAAAUACAAUUAUUCGUCAAAAAUAUCGAAAAGAAUUUACACUCGAAUUUUCUCGCGAUAGAAAAUCAAUGUCUGUAUAUACAUUACCAGCAUCUCCAUCUAAGCUUGGUAGUGGAGCAAAAAUGUUUGUUAAAGGUGCUCCUGAAUCAGUUAUUGAGCGUUGUACGCAUGUUCGAUGUGGCACAAAUAAAUUACCAAUGACUUCGGCUAUUAAGCAAGAAAUAAUGAAAUUAGUUCAUAUAUAUGGAACUGGUCGAGAUACUCUAAGAUGUUUAGCAUUAGGUACAAUCGAUGCACCACCGAGAAAAGAAGAUAUGGAUUUAGAAGAUGCAAGAAAAUUUAUUACCUAUGAAAAUAAUAUUACAUUUGUUGGAGUUGUUGGUAUGUUAGAUCCGCCUCGUGCAGAAGUUAUUGAUGCCAUUGUUCGCUGUCGUAAUGCUGGUAUCCGAGUUAUUAUGAUUACCGGUGAUAAUAAAAAUACGGCCGAAGCUAUUUGUAGAAGAAUAGGAAUAUUCAAAGAAAAUCAAGAUACAAGAGGAAAAGCAUUUAGUGGACGUGAAUUUGAUGAUUUAAGUAUAGAAGAACAAAGUGAAGCUGUUCGUCAUGCGAAAAUGUUUGCUCGUGUUGAUCCGGCUCACAAAUCAAAAAUUGUCGAAUAUUUACAAUCUCAUGGAGAGAUAACAGCUAUGACUGGUGAUGGUGUCAAUGAUGCACCGGCAUUAAAAAAAGCCGAAAUCGGUAUUGCUAUGGGAUCUGGUACAGCUGUGGCAAAAUCAGCAGCUGAAAUGGUGUUGGCUGAUGAUAAUUUUUCGUCAAUUGUGGCAGCAGUCGAAGAAGGACGGGCAAUUUAUAAUAAUAUGAAACAAUUUAUUCGUUAUUUAAUCUCAUCGAAUAUUGGAGAAGUUGUUUGCAUCUUUUUGACAGCUGCAUUAGGUUUACCAGAAUCAUUGAUUCCUGUUCAAUUGUUGUGGGUUAAUUUAGUUACUGAUGGUUUACCAGCCACGGCACUCGGUUUCAAUCCACCUGAUUUGGACAUUAUGGAACGUCCACCAAGAAGCGGAAAAGAAUCACUCAUUACACCUUGGUUAUUCUUUCGAUAUAUGGCUAUCGGCAGACAACAGUCUCACCAUUUUCAAUGUCGUGGCGGUGGAAAAGCCUGGGAAGAUAUUGAUUGUGAUGUAUUUGAUGAUCCACAUCCAAUGACUAUGGCACUUUCCGUCUUGGUUACAAUUGAAAUGUUAAAUGCAUUAAACAGUUUAUCGGAAAAUCAAUCAUUAAUUAAAAUGCCACCAUGGUAUAAUAAAUAUUUAUUAUUUGCAAUUGCAUUAUCGAUGUCUUUACAUGUCAUGAUUUUAUAUAUACCAUUCUUCAAUACUGUAUUCCAAAUUUGUCCAUUAACAACAGAAGAAUGGUUUGCUGUUAUUAAAAUAUCAAUACCAGUUGUUUUAUUAGAUGAAACAUUGAAAUUUAUUUCACGUCGUUAUGUUGAUGGUAAUAAUUCUCGAUUAUUAUCGGGUUUAUUUGCAUUAUUUGUCAUGUGGGGAUUGUUUUUGGUAUUAUUAUGCUAUUCACCCAUUUUUUCAACAUGGCACGGUUUUACCCAUCAGUCAAAUGUCAUUCAUAAACAAAAUUUGACAAUGCCCCAUUUAAACGUUGAACUAUAG